AUGCGAGCAGCGCUGCUGGCGCUCUGCGCCCUGCAGCUGUGCCCAGCUGCGCUCGCCGGGCCCGGCCGCCCGCCGCUCGUCGUGGAGCGCAGCGGCGCCAGGAAACUGAGGACGGUCGGAGGCUUUUCCUGGGAGAACUGCGGUGAUGGGAAGGAUCCCGUGGUGCUCCAGAGCCUCUCGGUGGCGCCGGACCCCAUCACCAUCCCGGGGAACCUGCGGAUCAGCGCUGCCGUGACCGGCACCAAGGCGCUGGCCUCCCCGCUGAAGGCGGUCGUGGUGGCGGAGAAGGCGCUGGGCGAGCUCUGGAUCCAGCUGCCCUGCAUCGACCAGAUGGGCAGCUGCACCUACGACGACGUCUGCGCCAUCCUGGACGACCUCAUCCCUCCGGGGACACCCUGCCCGGAGCCGCUCCUCACCUACGGCAUCCCCUGCCACUGCCCCUUCAAAGCGGGCUCCUACUCGCUGCCACCCAGUGACUUCCCGCUGCCCGACAUCGAGCUGCCCUCCUGGAUGACCAACGGCAACUACCGCGUGCGCGUGGCCGUGAGCAGCAAGGGCCAGGAGCUGGCGUGCGUCAAGCUGGCCUUCUCACUGCAGGCGCAGUGAGCGCCGGGGGCUCUGCGCCGCCCCGUCCCCCGCUGCCGCCCACCCUUGCUCUGUUCUCCCCGCCACUGUUUCUGCUUGGCCCCCACCGAGCCCUCCUCCUGCUCCCAAAACAAGGGGCCGAUGUUGAGGAGAGAGGAGAGGCUUUUGGCGGGCUGCCGAGGUGCCAGUCCUGGGAUGUUUCCCUAAUUCCUCCUGCUUUAAGUCCCUCUUUGACCUGGUGAAUAGAGAACCCCUCCUGCCAUCCCACUGUACCCCAAAUCCCAUCACCAGCAUCCCCUGCCUGGGACAGAGGUACCUUCAAGCACACCCCUGCCUUCCCCAGGGGCCUGGGGCAGUUAUUUUUUACCACUUUUCAAUUAUUCUUUCUUAAUCCUGUCAGGGGACUUUUAGAUGAAAGCAUUCCAGGGAAAAGCAAUACCUAUUUCUUGACAUAAGAAGGAGGGAGCCUUUGGCAGAGGUCUCAUGUGCCCAGCCCAGGCAGGCUGGAGGGCACAGCACGAGCUCCGAGGGCGCCCCACGCUCGCCCCAUCUCCUACACGGCAUGGCAGAGCCCACGGGAGCGCCGUCCCCGCUACGGCAGCUCUGGGCCAUCGUUCAGCAAGUCAAGUCACCCACCAUGCACCCAUGGGGCUGGCUCUGGGGACGCCCCUGCUGAGAACAGCCACUGACGGUGAGGAUGGGUCCAUCCAUGGAAAGAACCACGAGGGAGAAAGAGCUGAAGCCCCAUGAGCCCCAGGUGACCGUCCACAGGGGCCAAAUGACUGGUGCUGCCCUCCACGGCAAGGAUAUGAGGGGCAGCUGGGACAAGUCUCCCCACGGAUGCCGCCGCCUCAUCUUGUCAAACCCUAACUCCAGCGAGGGUGAACGUUUCGACCAUGGUCUUUAAGGAGCUGUUUCGCGAAGGCCCUGGGAAACGGGCUGAAAUGAGUUUUUACGACUGGUGGGGGUUGGGGGGCUGCAAAACAGAGCUCGAGCUGUCCACCU